UUUUAUUUGGAUCAAAUUGGUGCGUUUACGUGGACAUUUUUAUCGCAGCGUUUGUCGCGUUUCCGCGACUCGCGGCGGAAAUGAGCGUUUCCAACAUUUUGUGGCAACUUAACGUGCACGGCACCGCCGGCGCGAGCCGCGGAACCUUCGAAAUAAGAGCACGGUGUUUUCCGCGCUUUUUUACCCACUGCGGAAACGGUUAGCGUUAGCCUCGCUAACAACGCGCCGAGGCUGCACACUGGCGCAAUAUAACCGCGCGGGAGGCGACGUCUGUGGGCUGAAAAGUGUCCGCGAAUGUCCCGGAUAAAUAAACAUAGACACUCUGACAGAGGAAGUGAAUCUGUGGCCCUUACAGAAACGCUACUCAAACAGCAGCAGCAGCAGCAGCAGGAAUGACGAAUGUCUCCAACCACGGGAAGCUGCUCCUGCAGCGCUUGCACCAGCAGAGGGAGAUGGACUUCCUGUGCGACAUCACCAUCGUAGUUAGAGACGUGGAGUUCAGAGCUCACCGUAACAUCCUGGCUGCAUUCAGCAAGUACUUCACCUCCCAGGCGGAGAAAGAGCAGGAGGUCACCACGCUGGACCCUGACAAGGUCAGCCGCUACGCUCUGGAGAAGCUGCUGGAGUUCAUGUACACUGGACAGAUGAACGUCAGCAGCACCAGACAAGCAGCUGUUCGUCAGGCAGCAGUUUUCCUGGGAAUGUCCGAGGCCACAAAGUAUCUGGAGGAAAUCCCUCACUCGUCCGAGAUCAGCAAAACAUCUCAGUCGGAGUCAGCGUCUCCGAGCAGCCCAAGCUCCCCUGUGCCUCUGUCCAUCGACUCCAUCGCAGAGGAGUGGACCGAGGAGGGGAACGAGGCUCAAGAGCGGGAAGAGGACGCCAAUGAUUUAGUAGGAGGUGGCAGAAGUGAUGAAGAGUACGUGCCCUCGAGCGCCGGGCGCGGGCGAGGCCGGAAAAGAGGGCGGCCUCGGAGCGUCGGUGUGGAGCAGGCGGAGGCCAGCAGCUCAGCUGAUGGCACGCCCAAAACCCAGAGCUACAGGGGGAGAGGCAGAGGAAGAGGGCGGGGCAGGGGGCGAGGGAGAGGGAGAGGUAGAGGCGUUGUGAAGAGGGAAGAUCUGUCUUUAGAAGAUUCUGACACCAGCGUGAAGGACUUUGGCGACACCUCUGCAGACUGGAGCCCCUCACAGGACGAAGACUCCCCGACCAAAAAGGCUCGACUCAGCAGCGGAGAGGGUCGCAGAGGUCGAGGGAGGGGGAGGGGGAGGGGCAGAGGGAGAGGAAGGGGCAGAGGCAGGAGGAAGAGCGAGGAGGAGGCGGAGGAGGAAGUUGAGGAGGAGGAGGAGGAAGAGGACGACGAGGAUGAGAGCGGCUCGUUUGGAGCGGAGGGUGAUGGCGAGGAGGGGGAAGAUCUGGGGGAUGGCGGCGAGUCGGGGGAGCAGGAUCCGUCUGAGAUGGACGAGCUGUCGCUGCUCUGCACCGAGUGCAACAAACUGUUCAAGGACGCCAGCAGCCUGCGGCGCCACGAGAAGAUCCACAAGGGACUGAAGCCGUUUGUCUGCAUCUUCUGCUCCAAGACGUUCCGACAAGCAACGCAGCUGAAAACACACCUGCGCAUACACACAGGCGAGAAGCCGUUCAGUUGCUCCGAGUGCGACAAGUGCUUCGCUCAGAAGUGUCAGCUGGUCGCUCAUCGCCGGAUGCACCAUGGCGAGGAGAAGCCGUACACCUGCGAGCGCUGCGGGUUCAAGUUCGCCACCUCGUCCAACUACAAAAUACACAUCAGACUCCACAGUGGGGAGAAACCGUACGUGUGCGACAUCUGCGGUCAGGCGUUCGCUCAGUCCAGCACGCUCACGUAUCACAAGCGACGACACACCGGAGAGAAGCCGUACCAGUGCGAUCUGUGUGGCAUGUCCUUCUCUGUGUCCUCCUCUCUCAUCGCACACGCCAGGAAACACACGGGCGAGACUCCGUACAAAUGUCCCACGCCGAAAUGCGACGCCCGUUUUGUGACGUCGUCCGAGCUGAAGAAACACGUUCGACGGCUUCACCCGGAGGGAAACAGCGGCGUCCAGUGUUUGCUGUGUGGAAACAGAUUUGCCAGCGUGAAGAACAUGAUCAAACACCAGGAGAAAGCUCAUGCUGAUGAAGUUCGACAACACAAGGAGAGAGCCAGAGCUGUGGUCCUCCUGGCGUCCAGUCAUCCUGUGGCGUUCGUCCAGAGCAAACUCUCUCAGGACAAAGGUUUAGUUUCCAUCUCUGAAGGCGAGCCACCAAACCCUGAGCCUGCCACGCCCAACCCCAAAGCCACACCCAUGUCCUCGGACUCCGCCCCUGCCACCGAGUCCACCAACACAGACAUAAUCCAGAGCUUCAAGCCGGAGCCCACCCACCACGCCGUCACCCCCGACGACCAGGAGAUGACCUUUGAACCUGACCAGGAGCAGACCAUCAACUCGGACACGCUGCAUGCUCUGGUGGAGCAGCUGAGGCCGCCGCCCUCUCCCGCCCAGAGCCUGGAGCAGAUCGUCAUCAUCAGGACGGUGGACACGGCCGAGAACAGCGCGGGUCAGCAGUGAGGGUGGAGCCUCACAGGGGGUCAGAGGUCGCCGUGGAGGAACAUUUCACUUUUUUAUCAAAAAAGUUACAGUCGAAUGAGUCCGAGUUUGAUGUUUGGUAGGACGUUAAAAAAAAAAGAGAGAGAAUCUGAUCCAAUCUUUAAAGGAGUAGCCUCGCAGCUAGACACGCGCAGUGCUUUCACGCCAGCACGAUUCCUUCUGGACACACCGACGCGUUCACACUGGAAAUAAAUGAGUAAGGACCCUUCAGCGAGCUGUCACGUCGUCAUCAGCUGAUCUGUUACGCAUUGAGCUACGCCCUCUGUUGGCGAUGUGAGGUGGUGGAACUUAGGCUCUGCUUUAAAUGACGUGAACGCAGACUUGUUUUUCUGAGAUCAUCGAGAUUCUGAGCAGAAACUGCGUUGAUUUUUGUUGGUGUGAAAUAGCUGACCUCAGUGAGAAAAUGAGAAUUUUAGCUACCAUUUAAAAAGAAAAAAGACUCACCUGCUUUAAAAUCUACGUCGGUUUAAGUCUACGACAUCUACAUCACAUGUUCAUGUCUUUAUCUCACUGUGAAACAGACUUUUCCAACAGGAAACUGAAGUCUGUAAACCACUCACUCUCCCAUACCUAAGCCCAUAGAGAAAAUCAGUGAUUUUAACAUCACAGCACACAGGAGUUGUUGAUCCACUGCUGCCUCCAUCACUACGUUCAAAUGUCUUAUUUUGUCAAUUAGGCAUUGAAAAUUCUGCAUUCAGGUUUACGUCAGUGACACAAAGUGACCACCCGAGGCAGCAGUAGACCAGCAUCUCCUGUGUCCCCUCAGCUAAAAUCACUGAUUUUCUCUAUGGGCUUUGGUGUGGGAGAGAAACAUUUGUUUCUUGUUGUAAAAGUCCAUCUAAAAGUGAGAUGAAGACUUCUUUAAGAAGUCUUUAUCUCUUUACACGUCUUUAUCUCACUGUGAGACAGACUUUUCCCAACAGGAAACUGAAGUUUGUAAACCACUCAGACAUUUCUUCAUAUCGUAACAAAUGUCGAUGUCUUUUGCUCCUUUUAAUGUGAUUAAAAUAUCAAAAUCAAGAUGUUUUUUAAAAAAAUCUGUGAUAAAUUCUCAUUUGGAGCCGAAUCAAACAUUGAUUAACUUAAAUUUCACAACUUUAACUUUGAAUAAUUCUCCACAAAUUCUCAAUAACCUGAAAAUAAAACUGUCAAACAACUUCUCACAUUUAUGUUUUGAAUAGAUUUAUGUAGAAUAGACAUUUUAUUUAUCGUUAAAAAAGUGUUUGACAUGUGACGGUGACUUGGUUUCACGUGAACACAAGCUUUUAGUUUCACUGUUGUAGUUCAGUGUUUUUAUAUUAAAAAUAACAAAUGGC